ACUGCAGAAAGAAUUAAACGUUGUUUUGUUGUGUAACCGGGUAGUAUGAUUGAUUUGUCGAAAUAGCGUUUUCCGGAUAUAAAUAGGAUAUAUCUAGCUAAAAACCAUGAUAUGUCAACGUUCUUUUGGAGCUAUCUUAAAUUUAACACGGAGGUUUUCAAACAUUGCGCUGCAAGCCAAACCCGCAGAAUGCAAUCCUUUAUUAGCUAAAAUGCAGGUGGCAACGCCACCGGCAGUUGCAACGGCACUGCAACCAAAAUUAAUGUUUCUACCUCGUGAAAUUUCGCUCGACAUCGGAUAUUCCCCAAUAGUAAACCCGGCGCUUCCACGGAAGGAAAUAAUCGACAUGCCCCGCAGCAAGCGGAUCAUCGAAAAUCCAAAUCCAUUUGGCAUUUUGGAAAUCGGUGAAAAACCUUUAACUACAAAUUCAGGCCUAGAGCUCCCAACCGGUCACAAUCGAACGACGGACGACAGCGGUAUCCAGGCAGCUCGUCUCAUCGUCAUUCGACGUCGCAAAAUGCGAAAGCAUAAGCUAAGAAAACUUCGCAAAAAGAUGAAGUUCGAGUGGGCUAAGGUUCGACAACGUCGUGAGCUGCGAAAGGAGAAAGCUUUUCAGGCAGAACUCAUCGGUCAAAUAAAGGCAGCGGAGAAGUUUUCCGCUGAAAUGUACGUUGCCGAAAAGCUGCGACAGGCGACCGAAACUCCGAUUCCCCGCUUCUGGAAGGGAAAACGCCUGCCGCAGUUUAUCAUUAAGCAAAAGAUGGGAAUCGAAUGAAAUACGUAUAGGUAGUUUAAAUGCUGUAAUAAAUGUUCUACCAACUGUCGGCUUGAGUA